CAUAAGCUCUAUCACUCCUACACUCACAAUUCUUUUAGUGACCGCACCACACAACUACAAUCACUCAUGGCGUUGUUUUCGGAUACCCCCCGCGCAGAUGGAUUUAUCAAGCCUCCAAGAGCUUUAGCAGCAUUAGAGGAAUAUUCACUUCGACCUAAGUGCGAGAUGCAGUGGUUCAGUAACUCUCCAUCACCAUAUGCAUUCUAUUCGUUUGGUUCGACGGCUCGGUCUGCCAGUGCGAUUUCUGCAAAAGAGUAUCUCUGCCAGAAGCGACGAGAGGAGCUGAUCCAGGAGCGCGAAGCCUCAGAAGCACGAAAUCAAUUCAAAGCCGAGGUUGAAGAUGAGAGAAGGCGGCUUUGGAAGGCAGACCCGAGUACGAGUUGGAGAGAAAUGAAGAUAUCGGACCUGAAUAUCUUCAGGGAAGAAGCCACCGAGGCCGUUCGGAAGUGCUGGGUAGAGCAGGGUAUUUGGAACGAAAAGUGGAACUUGCUGUCUCUGGGACGUUGGAAGCACGAAGAACCACUUGAGCUUGACUCAGGACCAGAAACGGACUCGGAAGCAGAAAUUCCACAGCUUCUUUUCGGUCCAAAGCCGCAGCCGACAAAGAAACGACCGAAAAGCGAAGAUGAGAAGCGACAGAUUGCAGAGCGGCGAGCCUUACGGCAACGUGAACGCGAUGCGUCGCGUCCAUAUUAUCGGUUCGUCUAUCAGGUAAAAGAAUGUGAACGAAUCCUAGAAGAAGAGGCAGGCGCUGAUGCGGCAAGGAAUGAUACUAAGGCGUAUGAGAAUGUUAAGAGUACAUGGGUCAAACGAGGUCUCUGGUACGAGAAGUGGGGUACAAUGCCUGGAAUGUCGUGGAAGCAUGAGCUGUCUUUGGACGAAAUGCUCCGUGAGAGAGGCAUUGAGUCUGUUCCGGCAACCCCGCUCGUGAGAAACAGCCAUAAAGUCCCCAUCGAAAGCAAAUUUCGAUACGCUCCCCUCUUCCAAGUUAACCAUCGCCAGGUGCCUAGCGCCUCGAACACAUCCCACCAAGACCAAUCGCCCGAAGAUUUGGCUCUCUGGGAAUCGGUAGGAAAGAUAAGCCGUUCGACGGCGGCUUCUCAACUUACGAUAGGACUGUCCUGAGGCUUACUGGAGGUUACAAGGAAUGGAAGGCCAGCAAGCUCUACAGAAUUCCAGGGUGUAGAUUACAAGAGGCAAAGCUAUGCAUGGAAAGACCCCAGAAGUCAAAUCAGGAAAGGAGUGAGCAACUAAAUACCCUAAUUGAUUAUGAUUAUCCCCAAUAUACCAAAUCAUCUUUC